AUGAAGGACCGUAUUAAUGAUAUUGCACAACUUUUUCUUAACAACAAACAAUUCAAAGAUUGGCUUAACAAAAGCCAAGAACUGUCUGUGCCAUUAUUGUUAGUUGGUGAUUUUAAUACACCAUCGCAUCAGGAUUGGAUUGAAGAAACAAAACAAAGUCAUUAUGGAAGAGUUAUUGAAUGGCCAACGACAAAAAUUCUGACAGAAGCUGGGUUUAUAGAUACAUUUCGAGCUCUUAACAAUCCUUUAGAAGAACCGGGUAGUGUAUUUUUUGAAUAUCAAAGUGAAAAAAAAUCAAAGGGACCAGAAAAAUUGAGGAUCAGAAUAAAGUCAGAAAAAGGAUCAGAAUAA